AUGAUUCCAAAGUCAGGCGGUGACUAUGCCUACAUAAACGAGGCGUUUGGGGCGCUGCCGGCCUUCCUCUACCUGUGGGUGGCUCUGCUGGUGAUUGUGCCCACUGGCAAUGCCAUCACGGCGCUCACCUUUGCUGAGUACAUUGUCAAGCCGGCCUGGCCUCACUGCGAUCCGCCUUACGAGGUUACCAGGCUCAUUGCCACUCUCAUCACCUGCUUGCUGACGGCGGUGAACUGCUACGACGUGAAGUGGGUGACGCGAGUGCAGGACUUCUUCACAGCCACCAAGGUGCUGGCUCUGCUGAUGAUCGUAGGUGUGGGUGUGUGGGCGCUGCUGGUCGACUCACACACGCAGAACAUCAGCCAGCCAUUCGAGGGUAGCAACACCAGUCCAGGCGCCAUUGCGCUCGCCUUCUAUUCGGGGUUGUUUUCUUAUGCUGGAUGGAACUACUUGAAUUUCGUGACUGAAGAACUGAGGGACCCAUACAAGUGA